AUGAAUGCACGUUUCAAAUGCUCACAAUGUACCUACAGUACAAAGAGAGCUGUUAGCUUACGGUCACAUAUUGGACUGCAUACCGAAGAUAAUCUCAUUCGAGCUAAAUCCGGUAAAAGUGUGAAUGUCACCGUGCAAAAAACGCUAAUUGGAGUGAGAAAAGGACGCGGAUUAUCUGCUUUCUAUAGUUGUGCACAAUGUCCUUUUGUAACGAGAAUAUGUGCAGAGUUGUGGCGACAUGCCAGACGACAUCUCGGAGUAUCAAAAGGAUUCAACUGUUCACUAUGCUCCUUCUCUUCAAUCAGCUUGGAAGUCAUGGAAGAACAUCAGUUGCUUCACCCAGAAGGCGCAGCUUUCAUCCGGCAAAAUCUUAACGAUGAUGAGGAAACACCAACAACGCCGGUAACACCAGUCUGUAUGGAACUGAAGUGCGAGUGA